UAGGGUUCUCUGAAAUAGCAGCAGCUUGGGAGGCGAGACAGAGAGAGAGAGAGAGAGAGAGAGAGAUGGUGUCCUUGAAACUUCAGAAAAGGCUCGCCGCCAGUGUUCUCAAGUGUGGAAAGGGCAAGGUCUGGCUUGAUCCAAAUGAAGUCAAUGACAUCUCCAUGGCCAAUUCCCGACAAAACAUCAGGAAGCUGGUCAAGGAUGGAUUCAUCAUCAGGAAACCAACCAAGAUCCAUUCGCGUUCACGUGCGCGAAGAAUGAAGGAAGCCAAGAGGAAGGGUCGUCAUGCUGGAUAUGGUAAGCGUAAGGGUACAAGGGAAGCAAGGUUGCCCACAAAGGUUUUGUGGAUGAGGAGGUUGCGAGUUCUGAGACGUCUCCUUCGCAAGUAUCGUGAAGCUAAGAAGAUUGACAAACAUAUGUACCAUGAUAUGUACAUGAAGGUUAAGGGUAAUGUUUUCAAGAACAAGAGAGUCUUGAUGGAAAGUAUUCACAAGUCUAAGGCUGAGAAAGCUAGGGAGAAGACAUUGUCUGAUCAAUUUGAGGCUAAGCGUGCUAAGAACAAGGCUAGCAGGGAAAGGAAGUUUGCCAGGAGGGAGGAGCGAUUAGCCCAGGGACCGGUAGAGAAGGUGGCUCAACCUGAAGCAGCAUCUGCACCUGCAGUACAAUCUGCCAAGGGUAAUAAGAAAUCCAAGAAGUGAGAAGAAGAUGAAGAUUAAUGGUUUUCUUAUAGUUGUUGACCUUGUAAUGAACUCAGGAUCGAGAUCAAGGUUUUUUUGGUUACUUAAUGAGUUCUUAUUUACAUUUGAAGAUGAUCUAGAGCUUUCUUAUUAUGACUUUGAGAUUUUGAUAUUACAUUUGCUGUUUGAUUUUUGCAUGAUUAAUUUAGUUUUUGUUUGGUGCUUUU